CUUUGGAACACUUGCAGAACAGGGUAGUCCCGGGUCUGUAUUUCGACCCCAUGACCAUGGUGCUAGAUGAUGGGGACACCCAAUCAUUCACCCAAGUGAAUGCCGCUGGCAUUCGGCUCCAAGUUCUGAUACCGAACCUUUCAUAUCCCAUCGCGCCACCUGGAAUGCUUGGUCAGAAUGAGAGACGAGACAGCGAGAUGGGCCGAACUUGGAGGAUCGUCAUCAUCGUUUCAGCUAUUGGUUGUUGUUUGCUGAUGGCUGGCCUUGCCUUUGGAUUCAGUGCAUUGAUGCCAAACUUGCUGAGAAUAGGCGCCUUCCACCAGGUCUGUCCAGAGAACCAUGCUGGCACCUCCUGCCAGGCGCAAAUCUCACGCCUGACGGGCAUGUUUACGUUGACGUCCUCGUUGUUGAACAUUCUCACUUUACCAUCUGGAGCGAUGCUGGACUACCUGGGUCCACGUGUGACGGCCGGAUCUUUUUGUUGUUUCGUCGCCCUGGGGUGUUGGCUCUUCUCGCUGGGUUCAGAUGUGAACUACUACGUUGGAUUCAUCCUCUUAGGAGUGAGUGGCCCCUACAUCUUCAACUGUACCCUAAGCUUCGGGAACUACUUCCCCGCACGCUCCGGGCUCAUCACCGCCAUCCUGGUCGGCUGCUUCGACGCGUCCUCGGGCGACUUUGCCGUUCUGAACUCCUUGAUCGACGCAGGCCUGGCCUUCUCGACGGCCUUUCGCCUGCUGGCGCUGCUGGCGCUGCUGUGCGCCGCGAGCACCUGCGCCUGGCCGGACCGGAAGGUGGACGAGGACGCCUCGCCAGAGGCGGAGCCCUCGGUGAAGGAGCCUUUGAUGAAGCAGAGCUUGUGGAACGUCUGGAGCAGCACGGAGUUCUGGUUACUGACCUAUGCGGCCUCGGUGUCGAUGACCUCCAUCAACUUCUUCAUCGCCACGGCCUACCCGCAGAUGCUCUCGGUGGUGCCUUCGGAGUCGCACGCCGAAAGCCUGAACCGCGAGUUCUCCCGGUUGCUGCCCCUCGGAGGCAUCUUGUUUGCGCCCCUCAUUGGCACGGUGAUUGACAAGGUGGGGGAACCCCUGGGCUAUUUGAUCUUGCAGUGUGCCUAUGCAGCCUUUACUCUCCUCCUGGUGGCCUUCUUUGCCAUUGGCACUGGGACCACCGGAGAUGCUUUGGCGCGCGCGGGCUUCGUGUGCUUUGCCUUUUGUCGGCCGCUCUUGUACACUUUGAACCCCAUGAUCUGCGGGCGGCUUUUUGGGCAGGAGGUCUUCGGGAGGGUCUUUGGGCUGAUGAACACCAUCGCAGGAUUCUGCAACUUAAUGGUGCAACCACUGGCGGCUCUGGCACACCAGCAUGGCUUUCAGGGCAUCAACGUCAUACUGGGCGUCUUGCAGUUGUCCACAGCUGUACUUCCGAUCUGGAUUUUGUGUAGGUCGAAGCCAAAAUUAUCAAAUGCCCUUGGCUAUGGAAUUGCUUGAGUUUCAACAAACUACCCUCCCUCCAACAAGCAUGGAAGUGCAAACACUAUCCAUUCGAGGAAGCUGGUCUUCCAAGAAUCAUACUCUCCCACCUCCAGGAUUGUGGGAUAGAGGGCAGUAGCCGCUGCAAAGGGAUUAUCACGGUGAAGCAAAAGGGCCGGUGGGCGUUGGAGCUCAGUCUGCU